GUAGACGAGAGUCGGCCAUCCGACGUGGGAGCCAGCCCCGCGCGACGCGACACUGUGUCAGUGCGCGAAUACGUGCGAGUGUGUGUGUGAGAGUGCGUCGACGCAUUGGAUACAUCACACCACGCGCCGGUAAAUGGACCGCCCAGCCUGAGCCAGUUGGUGCUCUUCCGAGCCGCACAUGCGCAGAGCGCAGGAGGUGUUGGUUCCGACAGCUGCCGCUACAAGACACAGCGCUGCGCGCGGCACCGCACUGCAGGUGCGAAGCAGAAGCAGAAGGCGAAGGCCGCGGCGGGACAUCUCCGCCUGCUGCGUCUAAACAUGGCCACGGAGGGACUUCUUGACGGCGCCCGUCAACUCAAGAUCCACGGCGCCAAUGGCAAGCAUUCCCCGAACGUGGCCAACGGCAAGGCUAACGGCGUGAAGCUCGUCAGGAAGAAUGGACUCAGCCCCGGUGUUCGCAAUGGCAUGGCUACAGAUGUCCAUUCCAAGGGAAAAGAAAAGAUUCGCUCCAAAGAGUCCUUUGAAGAAGUGCCACUUUACACUGCUGUCAUGACAUAUAUGGGAUUCUACUUGCUGGUUGUCUUAGGAUAUCUAAACCAAUUUCUCUUUGCUCCUCCUGUUGCCAAAGAAAAGAACCGAAAGGGCUAUGUUCCUCUCUAUAACAGAUUUGAACAAUUUUAUUCAAGAUAUGUAUACAGGCGUAUUAGAGAUUGCUGGAAUAGACCAAUAUGCAGUGUUCCGGGUGCUGAAGUUGUCUUAAAAGAUCGAAUAACUAAUGAUUAUGGGUGGACUUUUGAGUACACUGGACUUGAAAAGAAAUGCUUGAACUUAGGAUCCUACAACUAUCUUGGAUUUGCUGAAGCGUCUGGUCCUUGCGCUGAGGAGUCGAUAGAGUCCAUCAAGAAAUAUGCAUGCUCUUUGUGCAGCACUCGACAUGAACUCGGCACAAGUCCUAUUCAUCUGGAGCUAGAAGAAACGACUGCUCGUUUUCUGGGAGUGGAGGCAGCUAUCACUUUUGGCAUGGGCUUCGCGACCAAUGCUCUAAAUCUUCCAUGCAUAUUGUCCCCUGGGUGUUUGGUGAUCAGCGAUGAGAAAAACCAUGCAUCCCUCAUCCUUGGCUUGCGACUGUCUGGUGCCACAAUCCGAGUUUUCAAGCACAACAACAUGAAAGACUUGGAAAAAGUUCUACGCAAUGCAGUUGUCCAGGGUCAGCCUAAAACUCACGUACCAUGGAAGAAGAUUCUCAUUGUUGCAGAAGGAGUCUACAGUAUGGAAGGCUCUAUUGUGCAUCUCCCUGAGGUUAUUGCCCUAAAGAAGAAAUACAAGGCAUACCUGUUCUUGGACGAAGCUCAUAGUGUUGGAGCCAUGGGACCAAGAGGACGAGGUGUUGUGGAUUAUUUCGGUGUUAAUCCCCAUGAUGUAGACGUUUUAAUGGGAACAUUCACCAAAAGCUUUGGCUCAGCUGGAGGGUACAUUGCUGGCUCCAAGGAACUGGUUGACUACUUCCGUGUUAACAGUCAUGCAGCUUGCUAUGCAUCUUCCAUGUCACCCCCUGUUGCACAGCAGAUUAUCACUUCAAUGCGCAUAAUCAUGGGAGAAGAUGGAACUCAUGAAGGUCAGAAAAGAGUAAUGCAGUUGGCACGUAAUACAAGAUACUUCCGACGGCGUCUCCACCAGAUGGGCGUCAUUAUCUAUGGCAAUGAGGAUUCUCCUGUUGUCCCUCUACUUGUUUACAUGUUCUCCAAAAUUGGGGCAGUAGUAAGAACUUUAGUGAGUAAGAAGAUUGCAGCCGUGGGUGUAGGUUUCCCAGCUACUCCAUUGAUGGAAGGGCGAAUCAGAUUUUGUCUCUCAGCUGCCCAUACCAAGGAACAGUUGGACAAUGUUUUGGACAUCCUUGAAGACAUAGCUGAAAGGCUUGGACUGAAGUAUUCUCAGCUUCCUCGUUAUAAGGGUGUUAUUCAAUAUGAAGACGAAAUAGAGUAAAAUUUGAAUUUGGAAGUGAUCCAAUGCAGUUGGCUGCCUUGCAUCAAGGCACAAGUACAAUCCUAAAACCUGUGUGGACAUUGCACAUUGACCAGAAUGGCCCACUAUUUUUGAUACAGUGCUUUUAUUGUUUUAUUGUCAAAUAAACUGUGCUUGACAAACUAGUUGGAUAUUUUAAGUGAAAUACGGACAAACAAACUUCUGUUGUUUUUUUAGUGUACAUACGGAAGUACUACAAGCAAGUUUGUGUUUUCAAAAUUAUGCCUGCUGCUCCUAUGCACAAAUAUUAUGUCAGUGUAUUCUUGAACCCUUAUUAUUGCGGUCAACUCCAGAGUUUAGGAACUCUUGUUCUAAAUCCUUCUUAGAGACGCAAGUGACUUUCCUCUCAGAUCACUGACCAACAGUUCUUUUUUAAACUAGUUGACUUUCUUCUCCUUUAUUAAAUUUGUAAGUAUUCUUAAAGCUUCAAGUCAUUGGUCGUUAUCAAUGAGGCUCGUGGAAGUUGAAGUGCUGGUUAAGUUACAGUUGAGUCCUAUAGGACUCAAAGGUACAGUAGUGCAUAAUGCUGAGGUUGUUGAGACAUUUCCUCUGUUUUGCAAGUGGCUCAGGAACUAUUUUAGUCAUGUGUUAAGUUGAUUUUUUUUUAAGAUACUUGUUGUAUUUGUUAAGGAAUAUUAAUAAUAGAUGCCAGUUAUUUUUAAUAUUUUGAACACAUUUUCUUCAAUUGUAAAAAAAAUUGUUGUUUCCUUUCGCUCACUUCUGACUCAUUCCAUGUUUUGCAUUUAAUCGUGGAUGUGAGGAAAAUCACUGAGGAUGCCUCCAAAUUUUUUUCACUUUAUUUUUAAUAGAGUUUUCAUUGAAAGACUUCAUGAUGUUCAUAGCUAGUUGGAGUUAGUUACUUUUUAAACAAUAUUUUUCCAAAUUUUGUUUGUUAUAAUUUGAUAGAUUACCUGAAAGGUCGCCUGAGUAGAUUCUGAAAUCAUUUUAGAUUGCUUGAAAUUCGUAUUUUUGUAAACAUUUGCAUUUUGAAAAAAUAUGAGUUAUAAUAUUUCUCCGGGUAAGCAGAGUAUGCAUGUCGCCUCUUGACAAUUACGUAUUGCUUUUCACAAUAAUAAGCAGCUUUACGUAUCUAAUCCUGUGAUCUGUGAUGUUCACACUAAAACGCUUACUUUUCUAUGGUAAGUCUUAAAUCAUUUGAGCACCUGUAGAUGGUCCUUUUUUGCAAAGAGUGCCUAUUUUCUGUCUAAGCCCUUGAGUUGUCGUUAGGUAACAAAUCACCUACUUAGCAGUAUUGACUGAUAUCCAAGGCUUUGUGGCAUAAUUUAGAAGCAAAGAUUUCACUAUCAUUAGGCUACAACUUAAGUAACUCUCAUACCUUAAUAAGUUGAAGGUAGCGUCCGUCAAAAGUUGCUCCCGAAUAAUGGUCAUCCCUGCAUGUUCUGUAUAGUAGUUUGUAUCCCGUAAAUGUCCUGUGUUAUCUUCCAUAUUGAUAUGUUAUGAAGACUUCAGUGUUGAUAUUUCCAUGUAUAUGUUACAGAAUGUGUUCAUGUAGCAGAUUGUUAUUUGGUUGCACCAAUGACAGUUUUGUCUUGCUUGCACCAAAGAAGAUGCUUGCAAUUAGAUGUCUUUUAUGUUCCUAAUAUUUAAGACUGUAUUCAAAAGAUCACAAUCAUAUUAAAUUAUUCUUUGAGUUCUAUCAAUUAAAUAGAUGGUAGUUGUUUUUUUUUUUUUUUUUUUCAUGAAGAGGUAAAAAAAUUUUGUGAUACUGCUUUCUUUAGUUACGAGUAUGCAUUUUGUUGCCUGUCACAAUGAUUGAAGCAAGGCUUAUUUUUGUAACACAAAUAGAACUAUAAAUGCAACAAAUUACUUUGUGAAAAUUUUGGAAAAAUUAAAACAUUUUUGCAAUUUA